UCUCUCUCUUUCCUCAACCGCAUUCUCUCUACCCCGCACCAGGCACCUCAAAGGAAAGCAAAGAUGUCGUACGCAGCAGCAGCAGCUAAGGGCCCAAAGCAAACGGCUGAGGAGAAACGCGCACCACCUCCCCCCGAAAUCGAGCCAACGGAAUCUCUCUCCUCCUCAUCCUUAGUCGACGUCGACUCUAACUCAGUCCACACGGUCCCUUCAGACUUCGGAUCUCAAGAUAUCCAGACUUCCACCCAACUCGACCGCCUGGAGCAUGAAGCCCUAGCCGCCGAAGCUCGGGCCAAGGAGGAGAUGUCUGCCGCUGCUUCCAAAGCCAAGAAAGAGGGCAAGGAAGCUAAGGAGAAGGCUAAGAAAGCUGCAGGAUAUGUGGACAGGAAUAGCGAUAACCCAGUCUUUAUCGCCAAUGCGGUCGCGGUCGUGGGGUUAAGUGCUGGACUAGGGUUUGGUGCUUAUCGGAAAUAUGCUGCGGGAGAGUUGUCGUGGAAGGUUGUGGGUAUUUGGACUGGUGUUGUUGGGCUGUUUGCCGCGGGUGAUUACUAUCUGAGCCAAUACAUGCUCAAGAACAAGUACCCCCCGAAGAAGUAGACGACAUCAUUCCUCUUCUUUAAAUCCUCACUGUAACGACCACGGAGGCAAUGGCAUCUUUCACAUGGGUCAUCUCGGCGCAUCGUGGCGGCGGUCUCAGUCUACUCGAUACUCCUUUCUGCAAUUGUUUCCUCCUUCCUCUCCUGCGAAGUAACAACUCAGCUCUAGUCCCUUGUGUGGCGUGUAUGAUUUCUGGUUGAUGAAGUAGAGAUUUCAUAAUGAAUCAUGAAAAUCAAUCAACUAUUGUCUCUAUGCGUUGUGUCAAAAAAAGCGAACUAUUGUCCUCUCAGGGUUGCAUCUUGAGACUAACAGGGUCCGGACUUCGUACUGAAAACAUAUUUGACAUUUUCAUAGUUUACACCGCUAGUUCCCAGCAUACAUUACUUCCAUUUCUCC